AUACACACGCGCGCACACACACACACACACAAAAACACAUGGCUCUUCUUGCAGCAUAAAUAGGACUCUUAAUCAAUCCAAACCCAGAAUUUAGCUUUAUAUAUAUAUAUAUUAAUCAAUUCUCUUUCUUUCUUUAUCUUUCUUUGUCUCUCUAUUUGUCCAUCAAAGUUCAAGAAUAUAUAGUACAGGAAAUGAAGACAUCCUGCUGAACCUUCUCGUCCAGUUUCCAAACUCUCUACAAACUUUUGGAAGAAAAGAAAGAUUUUCUGGGUUGUGGUUGAAACAGAGAAAAUGAUGCCGCUGAAGAACUCUUUUUUAGUAGCACUACUUAUUCUCGGAGUAGUUGGAGUUGAUUUGCAUACUGUGGAGGCCAAGCCUCGUCGGAUUCUUGUGGAUACCGAUAUCGAUACAGACGAUUUGUUCGCUAUCUUGUACCUCUUGAAGCUUGACAGAUCAGAGUUUGAGCUGGAGGCAGUCACUAUCAAUACAAAUGCUUGGACUAAUGCUGGACAUGCUGUGAAUCAAUUAUAUGACAUGCUUUACAUGAUGGGUCGUGAUGAUGUGGCUGUUGGAGUUGGGGGUGAAGGUGGAAUAUUAAAAGAUGGUACAAUUCUCCCAAAUGUUGGUGGAUAUCUUCCUAUAAUUGAACAGGGCAAAACAACGGCUGGUGAAUGCAGAUAUAGACAAGCUAUUCCUGUAGGUCUCGGUGGUCGGUUAGAUAUCGACUCUAACUUUGGCCUCAGAAAAGGUUUCCUCCCACAGGGGACCAGAAAAUAUACACCUCUUCAACAACCAACCUCUCAGCAAGUGAUGAUAGAUAAAAUUUCUGCUGGUCCUAUAACAGUGUUUGUUAUAGGAGCACAUACAAACUUUGCCAUAUUCCUCAUGAACAAUCCCCACCUGAAGAACAAUGUGGAGCAUAUUUAUGUCAUGGGUGGUGGUGUGAGAUCGAAGAACCCGACUGGUUGUUGCCUGGAGAAUUCUACCUCAUGCACACCUAGGCAGUGUGGUGAUCCUGGUAAUUUGUUUACAGACUAUACCAGUAAUCCUUAUGCAGAGUUCAAUAUCUUUGCAGACCCUUUUGCUGCAUACCAGGUGUUUCAUUCAGGUAUUCCUGUGACCCUUGUUCCACUGGAUGCAACAAACACAAUCCCAAUAAACAAAAAUUUUUUUGAUACAUUUGAGAAGACUCAGAAUACAUUUGAGGCACAAUACUGCUUCCAGUCCUUGAAAAUGGCUCGUGACACUUGGUUCGAUGAUCAAUUCUAUACGAGCUAUUUCAUGUGGGAUUCAUUUACAUCUGGUGUGGCAGUCUCAAUCAUGCAAAACUCAAUGAACUGUGAUGGUGAGAAUGAGUUUGCUGAAAUGGAGUAUAUAAAUUUAACUGUGGUGACUUCAAAUGAACCUUAUGGGAUAUCUGAUGGCUCUAAUCCACUUUUUGAUGGCCUUAAAGUUCCCAAGUUCAACUUAAAGAAAGGUGGUGUUCAUAGUGGUCAUGUUCAAAAUGGACUUAGAGAUCCAUUUUGCAUUGUCAAGAAUGGCAAAGGAAGAUGUAAGGAUGGUUAUACAGAGGAAACAACUGGUCCUGAUUCUGUACGUGUUCUUGUUGCUACCAAAGCAAAACCAAAUCAGGAUGUUCAUAGCCCACUUGACAGAGAAUUUUUCAAAAGCUUCUUGGAUGUUCUAAACAAACCUCGACAUGCAGGGAGAUUCAACUUCACAACACAAUUUCCUUAUUACAGAGAAGUGUUUUACAAGCCAGAUUUUGGAAAUAAAAAGUUGGGGAAACCCAUUGUCUUUGACAUGGAUAUGAGUGCUGGAGAUUUUCUAGCUCUAUUUUAUCUUCUGAAAGUACCUGUGGAGGUGAUCAAUCUCAAGGCAAUAAUAGUGAGCCCCACAGGAUGGGCAAAUGCUGCAACAAUAGAUGUGAUAUAUGACCUACUGCAUAUGAUGGGCCGUGAUGACAUUCCAGUUGGUCUAGGAGAAGUGUUUGCAAUUAACCAGACUGACCAAAUUUUCCCUCCUGUUGGAGGCUGCAAAUACUCCAAAGCCAUUCCACAGGGCAGUGGAGGUUUUCUUGAUUCAGAUACUCUCUAUGGCCUUGCUCGUAGUUUGCCAAGAAGCCCUCGAAGGUAUACAGCAGAAAAUUCUGUGAAAUUUAGAGCUCCAAGGGAUACAGGUCACCCUGAACGAAGACAAUCACUUGCACCAGAAAUUUGGGAGUCUAUUUUGAAGACAUUGGAUUCAGGAUCUAAGAUUUCAUUGCUCACCAAUGGACCAUUGACUAAUUUAGCCAAGCUUAUUUUAUCAAACAAGAAAGCUAGCUCUUUAAUUGAGCAUGUAUAUAUAGUUGGAGGGCAUAUCAGCCAAGAUCAAAAGGACAAAGGAAAUUUGUUUUCUGUUCCUUCAAAUAAAUAUGCAGAAUUCAAUAUGUAUCUUGAUCCUUUGGCUGCAAAAACUGUCUUUGAAUCCAAACUUGACAUAACACUCAUUCCACUUGGCAUCCAACGCAAAGUCAUAUCGUUUUCGAAGAUCUUAGAGAGUCUGGGCAGGACAAAGAGGACACCUGAGGCUGUGUUUGUGCAAUGUUUGAUAUCAAGGCUAUACCGGUUGCAGAAAGUGCACAACGGAUAUAAGCAUAUGGAAACUUUCUUGGGGGAAAUUCUUGGUGCAGUUUUCUUGGCUGGUGAUCAAUCCAAUUUGAAUCCGACCUUGCAAAUCAAACCCGUCAAAGUUUCUGCUAAUGGGAUUGAAUCAAAAGAUGGACAAACUUUGAUUGAUAAGAAAAAGGGCAAGCUAGUGAAAAUAUUGGAGAAUAUAAAUCCAAUAGCAUAUUAUGAUGUUUAUGCAAAUCAGCUGGGUCUUGAGAAGCAGUCUGCUGUAUUAGGGAGUUUCAAUGAACAGAAAAGAAUGUGGCGUAAGCCUCCAAAAACAAGCUUAAAAUAUGAUAUAAAGCAAAGGUCUAUGUAACACAUUCCUAUAAUUUUCCAUUUCCAAGAAAUGCAAAGUCGGUAAAACUUUUUGUUGGCAGUUUUGCCGAUGAAUUUCCAUGUGGAUAUGAGCACUAAGCAGCUUAAAAGCCAUUUAAGGAUGAUAUUGGCCAUGUUAUCUGUCACACCGGUCAUGAAUUCUAGUUCUAUCUAUAAUGUGCACACCAAAUAUCAGAGACAAUAUAUUGCAAAGGCCUUUGGAUGUGGGAUGCACAAAUUAUGGACCUGUAGUAAAAUUUUAUAUAUUUAUAUAGUUAUGAUUCGAUUACAAAUUCUAAUUUUAUAAAAUUACAGUAUAAUUUAAAUUAAUUAAAAUAAA